AACAAUAAAUAUUUACUUGUUACAGGAUACGUUUUUAGAAGCUACUGUGAAAUGCACCAAUUACCGACACCACCUGAAAUUAACUUUUGUCAAACACCUCAAACAACUCAAAAAGAUAACUCUGAUUCGGACUAUCUUGAAAAUACAGGUGAUUCUAGUACAGAUUACAGUGAUACAUGUGAACCACCUUGUGAAGUCCCAUCGACAUGGGUGACAACCGAAGUAAGAACUCAUCCAUAUAUAGAAAUUACUACGACACCUUUACUAACUACCACAACCACUGCUACAACUCAAACUAUAACCACAACUGAUAGUCCAACUACAACCACAACUGAAAAUACAACUACAAUCACAACUGAAAGUACAACUACAAUCACAACUGAAAGUCCAACUACAAGCACUACUACAACUACAACCACAACAACCCCAUCACCGCCACCACCGACGACAACUCCUAGUACUACAACACAUGUUGUUGUGUUUACAAAAACUGAAACAACAACAACUCGACCGCAUGAAACUACUACUGAAGACUCAUCUACGUCUGAAGAGAUUACAAGUGUUGAAACAUCACGAAGUAUAGUACAUACACAACCAUUAACUCACUCACAUCUAUGUGGAUCAUUAAGAUGUGAAAGACCCGUUACAUGGUCUACCACAACUAAAAGGCUCUUUAACAGAGCUUGGAGAAGGCAUCGAUUACGACGCCGACGUUAUUUAAGUAAAUUAAGAAAACCUAAAUAAGGAAAGUCCUAGAUUAAAUUUACGUCAAUUAUUUUGAUUAAACCAGUUUAUAAACAGAAUGUAUUUUAAUUGAUACCCACAAAAUUACUCUCAAACAUUAUAUUUCUCUUCGUAAUUUUAAUGUACUUAAUAAGUCACAAUUACAAUCACAAUGACAGUCUAAACAACUUAUCUUUGCAACU